AUGGUACAAAAAUCAAACGACACCACUGGUGACAAUCAAGCACCAGAUAAUAUUGGAAUAGCAAACGACCAACAAGAAGAUAUCUGGACUUCAAUUCUCAAAGGGGUUUCUUCCUCAAAAAUUGUUCCUACCAAAAAUUUACUGAUUCUAGGCGAUAGAGAAUCGGGUAAAUCUACGCUCAUCAGGCACCUAAAAGGAGAGAAAGACGAAGAAGUUUAUGAAGUAAACGGUGUUUCAAAAGACGCCGAGGAAAACAACAAUUUCAGCCAAAAACAUCACAGUGAAUUGGCUUUAAGUUAUACCUUUACUGAAGUUAAAGAUGAUGAAGCAGAUACGCUUGCUCGUCUUGGAAUAUAUCAACUUGUAGGCUCUCAAGAGGCUUAUCAAUCUCUCCUUCAUUUUGCACUUAAUUCCACAACUCUACCAGACUCCCUUGUUGUAAUUGUUUUAGACUGGGCACGUCCAUGGACUUUUGUUGAAACAUUGCAACGAUGGAUUAAAUUUGUUGAGUUAGGUAUUGAGCGAGUAAAAAAGGAAGGUGCUGUAGGGUCUAAAGAUGACUGGACUAAAGGUAAAGCCGUCAUCGAGGAAAUGCAAGAGACACUCGAACGUUUUAUCAGAAACUAUACUAAAAACUAUGCUAAUGAACCUGAUACUAGCACUGCAAACGGAACAGUGCCAGCAUCAUCCGAAGCGGAUGAAGUUACAUUACCUUUAGGCGAUGGAGUUUUGACCACAAACUUGGCUGUGCCAUUGGUAGUGGUUUGCACCAAGUCUGACAACGUUUCCACGUUAGAAAAGCAGAUGGAUUAUAAAGAAGAACAAUUUGAUUACAUACAGCAAAGUUUAAGAACUAUCUGUCUUAAAUAUGGUGCUGCGCUCUUUUAUACAACCACUCGAGAUCCAAAAACGUUCGAAAACCUUCGUCAAUAUGUUCUUCAUCGAUUUCUUGGAUCAAAAUCUUCAUCCAGCGACGCUAAAUCUACUUAUACUCUCACUGUUAAACCGAAUUUUGUUGAGCGUGACACAGUAUUGGUUCCCACUGGUUGGGAUUCUUGGAACCAGAUUAAAUUCUUAAGAGAUGGCUUCGAUUGUGAUGGACUGCUUCAAGGCUGGGAUUUAGAUAUGACCGGUGAAAAGGAGACAACGGAAGACUCUGAAGAAUUAAACAGUGCUAAAAAGGUGUACGAAGAAGUCAUUAAAAACAUAGAUAAUGAGAAAGUAUACGAACAAGAAUUCUUUAAACGUCAUUAUGAUACUUUACAAAAAGCUAAUAGUGAAAAUACACCAUCACCGUCGGUUGUUGGACCAAUGAGUGUUCCUCAGUAUUCAUAUGUUAAAUUCGGUGCUGACAUUUCAGAACUCGACAACACCAUAACUCCCACUAAGCCUAUUACCAAAAAACAAGCCCCUGUAACCACAUCCCCGCCACCGGGCAUGCAGGAUGAUUCUAGACCAGGAAUAUCUUCUGGUGGUCCACAAAAUGAAGUUCUUGCAAACUUCUUCCAAGCAUUACUCCAAAAAAAAACGGUUAGUCAGUCCACUACUCCAGGAUCAGCCCAACCACCAUUACCAUCUAACGAAUCUCCAAACAACAUAUUGCCCACUAAGCCUAUUAGCGCUAAUGGGCCAUCAAGAAAGAUGGUGGAAA